AUGGUCGUGCAGGCCAGGCUCAGCCGCAUGGUGUCCGACGUGGAGAGCAUGGGGGCCGCUGAUGCGGAGCUGGCCAGAAUCCUCGUGGCUGAGAACAACCAGGGUGAUCUGGGAGCACAUUCGAUGUCUCACUCCCAGGCGGGUGCUACCUACUUCAAAAGGCCCCCGGUGGAUACCUUCGUGACCGUGGAUGGCGUGCUGGCACGCAAGUGCCCAGAAGCGGCUACUGCUGGUCCAUUACCCCUGGCCAGGGCUGCGUCCACCCUGGUUUUCUAUGUGUACAACGCCGUGGAUGAGGAGCAGAUGGGCAACUUUGACUUCUUCCUCAAGUUCGGCCUGUCCGCCAAUGACACCGUCACGUACCGCAUCAUCAUCACGAGUGGGGGUGCGGUGAAGCCCCCCCUGGCCAUGCCAGAGCUACCCCCCAACGCCAAGUACAUCAGCACCACGGCAUGCACCGGCACCUGGGGAGCCCUCGGCGCAAUCGAGGAGCAGGUGGAUGCCACCAAGUUCCCAUUCGUGGUGGUGGUCGACUCCAGCGUGCGCGGCCCCUUCCUCCCGCCCUAUGCCGCCGGCGUCAUGCACUGGACGGAGGCCUUCACCUCCCGCCUCACGAAGAGCGUGAAGAUGGUGGGCUCGGCCAUCAGCUGCGAGGGGGCGCCGCGCGCCGGGCAUGCGGCACUGGAGUGGCGCCGCAACCCCUAUGUGCUGCCAUACGCCUGGGCGGCAGACGCGGAUGGGUGGGCUGUGCUGGCGGCCGACCCCAACGUCUUCCGGUGCUUUCAGAGCCCCUGGGACGCGCGGUACUACUCUGAUGUCGGGGCCGGUCUGGCCAUGCUCCGCGCAGGGUACAACCUGGACUCGCUGCUGAUGCGAUACCAGGGUGUGGACUGGUGGGCGCUGAAUAACUGGGACUGCAAUGGGAGGGUCCGACCAGACGGGGAGAUGCAGUACGACGGGGCGUCCAUCACGCCGUAUGAGACCAUGUUUGUGCCCAUGGACGCUGGCAAGGUGGAGGCCAAGUGGACCUACAUCCGGACGGCACUCAAGUACCAGGAGUGGAUGCAAGCACAGGCAAACAAGGCGAUGGAUGUGAACACCAACGCGCUGUCGGCCGACCCCUGGACCUCGCGUGCCGAGGACCUGGUGGCCAUGAAUGCCCGAGGGCCGGGCUGCUUCGACUUCAGAUUCUACACCGAGAACAACCCGGACCUGGCGGGGAAGGCAGGGUCGCCCCUGGAGCUGUGGGAGCACUGGCUGCUCCUGGGUCAGUUCCAGGGCCGCACCCACCGAUUCUCCUGCCCGGUACAGAUGGGCACCACGUAUCGGAUUGCAUACCUCCGGGCGCGUGGUGGCUCCUGCUUCGACCACAACUACUACCUCCGGCACAAUCCGGACCUGAGGGCCGCUGGCAUGACCAGCUCAAGCGAGCUGUACGGCCACUACACCUAUUUUGGGCAGUUCGAGGAGCGCGCCGUCAAGUUUGUGUGCCCUGACACCUGGCACGACCUGGCCGGGGGCUACGAGACAGUCCCUGUCGGCAGCGAGGCCGAGGUGAAGGCCAGUCUGCAGGAGUUUGCGGCCGGGACGUUGGAGGCACGCAAUCUGGUGCACGUGUCCAAGCACCAGGUAGAGGCACGUGGGAGGUGA